AUGGAUGACAGCGGAAUUAACAAGGAGCUGAAGCAGAAAUUAAACUUCUCUUGUUGUGAAGAAGAGACUGGGAAGGAGGCGCAGGAGAAAGAACAAGAGCCCCUGGAAGCCCAGAGUCAGACCCCAGAGAAGUCUGAGUUGCAGGCGGCAGAGGCAAAGCUUACCCCUCCCAGGACUCCCCUUCAGAACAUCCAUGGACUCAGCACGGCUCAGGGGAAGGACAGAGUGAGUCCAGAUCCGAAGUUGAGGACUCCAGAUCUGAUGUUGAGGACUCCAGAUCCGAUGAUGAGGACUCCGGUGUCAGGCCCUUCCAGGUGUCCCGAAACACCAGCCCCAAUAGACAAGAGAAUGUCACAGCACCAUGGCAGUCCCUUCACGCCCAAGACCCAGCUGAGCCCCACAGCAGUCUCUCCAGCAGGGAAGCUCUCCUCCCGGAGCUCCAAGCACCUGAGGCUCACGCCUGUGUCCUUUGUGAAUGAGAUGACCUCAUUGGCUCUGGUCAAUGUCAAUCCCUUCACCCCAGAGUCCUACAGAAAGUUAUUCCUUCAAUUCAGUGGCAAGAGGAAAAUCAGAGGAGAGCCUGAGGAAGCGAGUCCACAGGAAGGCAUGGUAGAACAAGAGCUGCCUGCCAAGAGGUGUGUCCUACGAGAAACCAACAUGACUUCCCGCUAUGAAAAGGAAUUCUUAGAGGUAGAAAAGAUUGGGGUUGGGGAGUUUGGUACUGUCUACAAGUGCAUUAAGAGGUUGGAUGGAUGCAUUUAUGCAAUAAAACGCUCGAUGAGACCUCUCACAGGAUUCUCAGAUGAGGAUUCGGCUUUGCGUGAGGUGUAUGCUCAUGCUGUGCUUGGACAUCACCCCCAUGUGGUGCGAUACUACUCUGCGUGGGCAGAAGAUGACCACAUGAUCAUUCAGAACGAGUACUGCAAUGGUGGGAGCUUGCAGGCUGCCAUAUCUGAAAACAAGAAGUCCGGCAAUCAUUUCCAAGAGCCCAAACUCAAGGACAUCCUUCUGCAGAUAUCCCUGGGGCUCAAGUACAUCCACAGCUCCGGCACGGCGCACCUGGACAUCAAACCCAGUAACAUCUUCAUUUGUCAUAAGAUGCAGAAUGACUGUCCUGCAGCCCCAGACGAGAUUGAAAAUGAGACGGAUUGGUUUCUCUCUGCCAAUGUGAUGUAUAAAAUUGGUGACCUUGGCCAUGUGACAUCAAUAAGUAAACCCAAAGUGGAAGAGGGUGAUAGUCGCUACCUGGCUAAAGAGAUUUUGCAAGAGGAUUAUCGGCACCUUCCCAAAGCAGAUAUAUUUGCCUUGGGAUUAACGAUUGCAGUGGCUGCAGGGGCUGAGUCGUUACCCAUCAAUGGCGUUGCCUGGCAUCAUAUCCGCCAGGGGAAUCUUCCAGACAUUCAACAGACACUCUCAGAAAACUUUUAUAGUCUGCUCAAGACGAUGAUCCACCCUGAUGCUGAGAAGAGACCUUCUGCAGGGACUCUGGCCAGAAAUCAAGUCCUGUGUCCCUCCCUGGGGAGAACAGAAGAGCUCCAGCAGCAGCUUAACUUGGAAAAGGUCAAGACAGCCACACUGGAAAGGGAACUGAGAGAAGUCCAGCAGACCCAGUCCCCCAAGGAAGACACUCACCCCGGUGAGCCUAAGGAUUCGGGCGCUCACUCAGGAUCAAGAAGCGCCAAACACCUGGUGGGAGGAAAGAGCACGAGGUCUUCAAGCUUCACCUUUGGGAACUCCUGAGGGGAUACAGUUUCAUUUUCCCUUUUCUCAUUCCUAUAAGAACUCAUUUCACAUCAGCCAUCCUUCCACUCUGUAGCUUCUAGAAAUGGAUAUUGACUAUCCCAACCUGCCUCUGAUGACCUGGAAACAUUAACCAACUUGAACGCCCUAAGAUUUCAGGAGCCACUCCUAAUUGAGCAUUCCCAGCCAAGACCCUAAGGCUAUCACGGCUUCUUAUUAGCAGUCAUCCCCAGUACAAUCAUUGGUAGCCAUUUCUCUUCUCUAUUGUUAUAUUCUCAACACUACCUUUGAAAAAUUUAUUCAUGUCUCACAUUUGUUGAUAUACAAAGGGAAAUCAUGGGCCUCAAAACUGAAAGGAAAAAAGGAAGUAGCCCUCCGCGUGGCCUAUGGACCAAGAGGUUGCUGUUGCCAUUACCCACCAAGGAUCCUGGGCACUCUGGCG